AGGUGGACGACGAGCAGUCGCUGAUGAGCGCGGUGGCACAGCAACCGGUCUCCGUGGCCAUCGAGGCGGACCAGAUGGCCUUCCAGAUGUACAAGAGCGGGGUCUUGACGAAGACCUGCGGCACCAAGCUGGACCACGGCGUGCUGGUGGUGGGCUACGGCACUGAGGAUGGCACGGACUACUGGCUGGUGAAGAACAGCUGGGGCGCCAGCUGGGGCGAGCAGGGCUUCGUGAAGCUGCAGCGGGGGAAGCCGGGCCCCGGGGAGUGCGGCAUCAAGUCCCAGGCCUCCUACCCGGUGGUCUCCGGCUCCCCGUCCCCGCCGUCUCCUCCGGCCCCGCCGGCCCCGCCGGCCCCGCCGGCCCCGCCGGCCCCGCCGGCCCCGCCCACUCCUUCCACAAGCCACUACGAGAAGCCCCCCUGCCAGAGCGACGAGACUCAGGCAGAGGUGGAGGGCGCCGGAGGCAGCGUUUGCGCUCCCAAGUGCACCUCCCAGGCCUGCCCCACGGAUGUGCCCAGCGGCACCACAGCCAAGCCCAUGUGCAUCCUGCAGGACUCCAGCAGCGGGGACAAGUACUGCGCCCUCGCGUGCAUCCUCGGGGGCUGCCCCAGCGGCUCCAAAUGUGUGCACCUGUCCAGCCUGCUGGGGGUCUGCAUCUACCCAGACUCGGAACCUGGGCACAAGAGCCCGGAAGAUGCUUCUCUGAAGCUCGCUGCCGUCGACAACUCUGAGGUUAACAUUUGAGCCAGCCGGCAAUUCCUGACAGGAGCAGUUGCCCCCCCUUUGCUGGGGGACUCUGCGACACCUUGGAAGCUGCACAGAUCUUCCACUGC